UGUUGUCAACUGUUCAACUUCUCCGGAGCGAUUUCACCAUCUAUGUACAUUUCUAAUCAACAAUGAGAAAGAGAAGAAACGCCUCAAAAAAAUCUGCCGCUGCCGCUCAAGGUAGCGCCGCCAGCAGCAUGAACAUUGGUGGUGGCGGUAGCAAUAACAACAUGUUCUCAGCGUUUGAAUUUAGUAAUGAUGAAGAGUUACAGGUUGAGGCCCAUGCCCGCGAAGCCGUUGCCAAAUUCGGAAUUCAAAGCCCUAGCAACAAAUCCGUACGCCGCCCUAAAUCCAUUGACAAAUACGAUUUCCUUGUGUGCUUUACACAAGGAAUCCAAAGUAAACAAAAACAUCUUGUGAAUGAUGAUGAGUUGGGGGUUGCUGCUACUGAUGGUGAAAUAUCGCUUGGUUCUUCAAACCAUGAACCGCGAACUCUUUCUCCUCUAGAAUGUCAAAGCCCAGUAAGUACUUCUGGGGUAAAAUCCUGCUCAAGAAGAAGGAGGAAACCAGGAUGGCAUUCAGCUAGCAAGAAGCAUGAGGCAGUGGUGGUUGUUGCUCCCUAUUAUGUUAAACUUGAGAAAAAAUAUCAUAGAGGAUGUGUCUUUACCUUUUCUCAGAGAUGCAUCAGAUUGCAGGGUUUGCCACUUUGUGAUAGAAAGGGGACUCAUUGUGUUGAAUGGCCAACCUCUGAUAUUUUAAAUAUUGAGCAUCAGCAUUACGAUAAAGGUGAAGUCAUCAACUUACAGUUGAGGUACAAGGAUGCAAAUGGUGAUGAAACUGGUAGUUUGGAGCUGGAGUUUGUCGUUCUCGAUGAUCCUCAGUGGUCUGAGAAACAAGAAGAAAUAAAAUCAUUGGAUUUGAACUAUGACGUUUCCUGGAAAACAAGUGUAACUGAAUGUUGUUUUGAAGAGUCGUUUGAAGAAGUUGUGUACCCAGAUGGGGAUCCUGAUGCAGUCAUCAUAAGUAGAAGGGACAUUGAGCUAUUACAGCCUAGGACUUUCAUCAAUGACACCAUCAUUGACUUCUAUUUUAGAUAUCUUCAAACUAAAAUCAAGGCGGAGGAGCACAGGUUCCACUUCUUCAACACAUUUUUCUUUCAGAAGCUUGUUGCUGGAGGCCGUGGAGGAAGAAAUGCCUUUCUAAGUGUUCAUAAAUGGACAAAAAAUGUGAACCUAUUUGAAAAAGAUUAUAUAUUCAUACCUAUAAACUUCAGCUUGCAUUGGAGUUUGAUUAUUAUCUGCCAUCUUGGGGAAGCGGCUCAAUUGAAAAGCAAGAAUACGGAUCAUGCAUCUAAAGUUCCGCGCAUUCUACACAUGGACUCAAUCAGAGGAAGCCAUGGAGGGUUAGAAAAAUUGAUUAAAAGUUACUUGUCAGAAGAAUGGAAAGAGCGAGGGAAUGAACGGCAAGAAGAAAUUGCAGUGAAGUUUAGGCAGUUGGACUUUGUUUCACUCCAGCUACCACAGCAGGAUAACUUGUGCGAUUGUGGCCUUUUCUUGCUUCACUAUGCAGAACUUUUCCUCGAGCUGGUUUCAAACAGCAGCACAACUGAAUAUAUUGACUUUCCUGAUGAGGAUUGGUUCCUUCCAGCUGAGGUUUCUCUGAAAAAGCGUGAUCAUAUUAGGAAACUGAUCCAUAAACUAAUACUACAAGAUAAGGCACAGAAGGAAGCAGCUGCUAGUAAUAACAAAUAUCUCGGUAGAGGUGUGAGAGAGACCAGUGCAAGAUCUGUACUUACAAAUGGUGGGGAAGACUUAUGUCAUGGUAUCAAUUUGAACUUGGAAGAUGACAUGGAUACUUCGGGGCAGCAGUGUUUUGCACCCCUGUUGGAGCAAACAGGAAAGUCAUCUCUCAAAGAAUGCCAUCAACCUCGUAAGCAGCGGGUUCCGAUAAACCAAUUCAAUAACUUGAGUUUACCAUUGGAGGAGACACUCACAGAGCAAACAACCGUUCUACAAAGAGACAUAGGAAGUUGUUAUGAAACGGAUGAGAUGAAGCCUCCACAUUGUCAGCUCAAUCAAUCCCUAUGUGAAGUUAGUUACAAUGAGAAGUCUUGGACGAUGAGCAAGGAUCUUGAAGAUUGUGUGGUCGAGGAUUCCGAGGUUGAGAAGUCUUGGAUGACGAGCAAGGAUCUUGCAGCUUGUGUGGUCAAGGAUUCCGAGGAUGAGACCUCUUGGACGACGAGCGAGGAUCUUGCAGCUUGUGUGGUCAAGGAUUCCGAGGAUGAGACGUCUUGCACGACGAGCAAGGAUCUUGCAACUUGUGUGGUCGAGGAUUCCGAGGAUGAAGUGGAGGUGGUAAGCAUCCGAAGAACAAGGAAACAGUUAAUGCGAAACUGAAAACAAUGGCGGCCUCGCUCUUACACAAGCAAUGGCCGAUCGAAACACACUCGAAAGAUUCACCAAACCAAGAAAAGCAUGUCUGUGUGGAUGAGAUCAAAAAAUUGAGAUGUUUGAUAGCCUAGAUCAAUUUAUAAAUAUAAGAAUUAAGAUGAUAUUUUUGCCCUUAUAAAAUUCACCGUAUAUGAAUAUGUUUAUGAUAAUGAAUGAAUGAAUGCAGUAACUAAAAUAGGUAAGUCGAAUUCAUUAGAUAAUCACAUGAUUAAUUAGGCUAAAUUAGUUGAUAUGAUUUCUUAGGGGGUUGAAAUGAUAAUAUUUUCAGCAAA